AUGGCGAGCGGGGCUCAGGAUGAGGAGGCACCGGCCUGGCAGGCCCAUAUGUACGAGUGGGACGCCUACGAGCUGCAAUCUACGCAGCGCAGGGGUGCAGGGGCGCCUGCAAGGGAACCCACUUGCCAGGUGGAGGGGUGCAGCAACGAGCUGGCAGGCCUCCGUCCUUUCUACCAGCGCCUGCACAUCUGCGACAAGGCGCAGCAGGCACAACAGACGCAGCACCAGCCGCCGCCGCUGCCGCCGCCGCCGCAGCAGCAGCACCUGGCGUGGUCUGGCCGCCACUCGCCGCCCGGCCCUGUACUGCCUGCGCUGCUGUCCAGCACCCUUCCGGGACACCCCGGUUAUGCUGACAUGGCGAUGGCAGCAGCGGCAGCAGCAGCAGCAGCGGCAGCGGCAGCGGCAGGAGCAGGAGCAGCAGCGGGAGCGGCGGCGGGGUGGGAGCCUGGGCUUGGCGGCGGCGCCGCGGUGGGCGGCGGUACCGGUGUGGUGGCUGCCGCCGCGUUUGGCGGCGGCGGGCUCAAAAUAUCGGGGGGCGGCCCCAGCGCGCACAGCAGCCACGGCGCCUGGGGCCACCCCCCCGCCGCCGGCGGCGGCCCUCCGGCGGCGCCGCCCUCGGCGCAGCAGCUGCUGGGAAGCUGGCGGGCCGCCGCCGCCACCGAGCCGCCGCCGCAGCCGUGGCAGCAGCAGCAGCAGCAGCAGCAGCAGCAGCAGCAGCAGCAGCAGCAGCAGCCAGGCGAGGCCAGCCCACUCACCCACACCGCGGCGGCAGGCACAGGAGAGGGCUACGGGGGCUUUGCCCCUGCGCCUCACCGCCGCUUUGCCGACUGCUUUCCUCCAGCCGCCGCCGCCACCCCGCCCGUCCUGGGCCCCCGGCAGCCCCCUGCCGCCGCCUCCCCGCGCAGCGCCGCGCCCGGGCGCAGCGGCGGCAGCGGCGCCAGUCCCACCUCGCACGGUCCGGCCUGGUACGACAGCGGCAGCGGUACCGCGGCCUCCCUCCCGCCCGCCGCCGCCGCCGCGGGCCCGCACCCGCAGCCCUGCCAGCCGCCGCUGCAGCCUGGCUUGGACGACGGCGGCGGCGGCGGCGGCGGCGCGGGCGGGGCUGGCUCAGCCGGUUCGGCGCCCGCCACCUCGUGCCACGUCAGCACGAGCGCUGACCUGGCGCACGCUGACCUGGCGCAGCAGCCGCCCCCCGGCGGCCAGCUGCUGCUCACCUUUUCCGCCAAGAUAUUCGGGGCGCUGCCCGAGCACCUGCCUCCCGACUUGCGUCGCCAGCUGGAAUCAGCGCUAGUGCUGGCACCCACAGUAAUGAGCGCCUCCAUACGCCCCGGCUGCGUCUGCAUCACAGCCUGCACGCUUGUGACGGCGGGCGAGGCGUCAUCGGCGGCGGCGGCGCCGGGGGGUGCCGCCGCCGGCGUGGCGGCGCGGCUGGCGGCGGCGUGCGCCGCGGGCGGCGGUCCGGCGAGGGUGAUGUGCCAGUCGGGGCCGCACCUGGCCGCAGCAGACGGCCGCACCGGUACCGUGGCGGUCCUGCCUCUACCGCCUGACAGCACCGGCGGUGGCAGCAGCAGCGGCGGCAGCAGCAGCUGCGGCGGGAGCGGCUGCAGCGGCGGCGGCGCCAGCCCCGUGCCCACUUUACGCCUGGCAUCGCCGCCCGUGGUGCUCGCGCCCCGGUGCACCGCUGGCAGCAGCUGCAGCGGCUGCAGCGGCUGCGCAGGAGGCGGCGCGGCGGGCGUGGUUCGCGCGGUGCUGAUGGGGUGGGGGCUGGGCGCGCCCGGCGCCGUCCUACACUGCCGCAGCCGCGGGCGGCACAUUGUGAUGACUGUGCUGCGCGCCCGCAGCGGCGGCAGCGGCGGCGGUGUUGACACCCUUGCGGCGCCGCCAGCAGCAGCAGGCGCUGCGGGGGCAGCAGGCGCGGCAGCCGCGGCGGCGGCAGGGGCGGCGGAUGCCGGUGCGGAGAGCUCCCACCCCCCGCCAGCCAGCCACCAGCGCGUGCAACGCAGUGCGGGGGAGAGCUGCGGCGCAGAAGAAAGCGCGGGGGAGGAAAGCGCGACGGAGGCGGCGUACGAGGGGCUGCGGCUGGCGGCGGGGGAGGGCGCGGCGCUGGUGGAGGUGGCGGUACCUUCCUGCCAGCUUCCGCGGCACGUGCAGCAGGCGCCGGCGGAUGCAGGGCAGCUUCUAUGCGGCGCCUGGGGGCUGUACGAAUUUGAGCUCGCUCUUGGCCCCCUGCUGUCCCCGCCGGCCCCGCUGCUGGUACUGCCCCGGCGCGAGGCCGCUGCCGCCGGCGAGCUUACAAAGCUGCCGUCGGCGCUCGCGGCCGGCGGCGGCAGCUGCCAGGAAGGCGCCGCCGCGUUUGUCCAGCAGCUGGGCUUCCUGCUGCACGCUGUGGAGAUGCACGGCAGACCACAGCAGGCACAGCAGGCGCAGCGUGGGCUGCACCCCCAGGCCACGCAGCGCGUGCGCCGCCUGGCGGCCGCCCUGGCGACCCGCUGCGCCGGCGCCCUGGGCUGCCCUGCCACCGCCCGCCUGCUGCUGCCUGCCGUCACGCUGGGGGCGGACCUUGGCGGCAGCCGCAUCGGCGGCGGCCGCAGGGGUAAUGGCGAAUGCAAAGCUGCGCCGCCCACGCCGGCUGGCGGCGGCGAUGCCGGCAUUACGGCAGACGAGUGGCGGGCGGUGGAGCGGCUGGCGGGCCUGCUCAAGAAGCAGCAGCAGCUGGGGCCACCCGCCUCCUCCGUGGCGGCGCCUGCAGCGGCGGCGGAGCCGCCACCCCCGCAGCCGCUGCGCCGCCACGUGGUGGCCGACUGGUUUUGGUCGGGCUGCAAUCUGGUGGCAGGCGCGGCGGCCCUGGUGCUGCUGCUGCGCGGCUAG